UAUGCACAGAGAAAGUUACGAGGUUCGUGGCCGCGGUUCCCCCAGGCAGCUGGCGCUGGGGGCUUCGGCGUCACGUGCUGGUCUGGAUUUUUCUCGAUGCACUGGGGAAAGCGGUGGACUCUUAUCGUGGGAGGGCUCUUGAUCUGUGAUUUAUAGAUAGGCACAGCUACUCCCGUUCGGGAACCCAACGGCAGACAGGUCCUAGUGCCCAUCAGAUACCCGCGGCCGGGACUCGGAGCUGUGGGGUGUGGGGAGGCGGAGGCACCAACUAAGAGCGACCUAGCAUCGCAAAGCCGCCCUCGGGGCGCUGAUGGCCAGACGCCUCCUGGGACAGGCUUUAGCCGCAGUGUCUCUCUCUCUGGCCUUGGCCUCUGUGACUAUCAGGUCCUCGGGCUGCCGCGGCAUCCCGGCGUUCAGAAACUCGUUUUCAUCUUCUUGGUUUCAUCUUAAUACCAACGUCAUGUCUGGUUCUAAUGGUUCCAAAGAAAAUUCUCACAAUAAGGCUCGGACGUCUCCUUACCCAGGUUCAAAAGUUGAACGAAGCCAGGUUCCUAAUGAGAAAGUGGGCUGGCUUGUUGAGUGGCAAGACUAUAACCCUGUGGAAUACACUGCAGUCUCUGUCUUGGCUGGACCCAGGUGGGCAGAUCCUCAGAUCAGUGAAAGUAAUUUUUCUCCCAAGUUUAACGAAAAGGAUGGGCAUGUUGAGAGAAAGAGCAAGAAUGGCCUGUAUGAGAUUGAAAAUGGAAGACCGAGAAAUCCUGCAGGACGGACUGGACUGGUGGGCCGGGGGCUUUUGGGGCGAUGGGGCCCAAAUCACGCUGCAGAUCCCAUUAUAACCAGAUGGAAAAGGGAUAGCAGUGGAAAUAAAAUCAUGCAUCCUGUUUCUGGGAAACAUAUCUUACAAUUUGUUGCAAUAAAAAGGAAAGACUGUGGAGAAUGGGCAAUCCCAGGGGGGAUGGUGGAUCCAGGAGAGAAGAUUAGUGCCACACUGAAAAGAGAAUUUGGUGAGGAAGCUCUCAACUCCUUAGAGAAAACCAGUGCUGAGAAGAGAGAAAUAGAGGAAAAGUUGCACAAACUCUUCAGCCAAGACCACCUAGUGAUAUAUAAGGGAUAUGUUGAUGAUCCUCGAAACACUGAUAACGCAUGGAUGGAGACAGAAGCUGUGAACUACCAUGACGAAACAGGUGAGAUAAUGGAUAAUCUUAUGCUAGAAGCUGGAGAUGAUGCUGGAAAAGUGAAAUGGGUGGACAUCAAUGAUAAACUGAAGCUUUAUGCCAGUCACUCUCAAUUCAUCAAACUUGUGGCUGAGAAACGAGAUGCACACUGGAGCGAGGACUCUGAAGCUGACUGCCGUGCGUUGUAGCUGAUGGUCUCCGUGUAAGCCAAAGGCCCACAGAGGAGCAUAUACUGAAAAGAAGGCAGUAUCACAGAAUUUAUACUAUAAAAAGGGCAGGGUAGGCCACUUGGCCUAUUUACUUUCAAAACAAUUUGCAUUUAGAGUGUUUCGCAUCAGAAUAACAUGAGUAAGAUGAACUGGAACACAAAAUUUUCAGCUCUUUGGUCAAAAGGAAUAUAAGUAAUCAUAUUUUGUAUGUAUUCUAUUUAAGCAUGGCUUAAAUUAAAUUUAAACAACUAAUGCUCUUUGAAGAAUCAUAAUCAGAAUAAAGAUAAAUUCUUGAUCAGCUAUAA